AUGUCCCGUAAUAGACCUCGGCCUAGAGACAAUGGACUAGGCAACAAUGAGGAGAUGGAGCUCUGGACCCGAAUAUGCCAGGACAUUCGAAAAUCCAAGGAGAAGUUUGACCAGCAAGCAUCUAUCUCAGUACAGAUCAAGACCCUGGUUGAUAAAAUUACUCGUGAUGGCAACAAACCGACAAUGACGGAGCAUGAUCAACUCGAUACAUGGCUACGCCAAAGCCAAAAACUCAGCGAGGAGGAACGCUCCAUCAUGAUGGAUGAACCAUGCGAUGUAAUCAAGAACCUAGAGCUCCUUACGGCGUUGAGGAAAGCUUCCGAGGCUGAAGCUCCACCGAAUCGAUCAUCCGCGCUCUCAAAGUCUAGAAAGAAGCGAUCGGAUAUGGAGAGCUCGGCGACCGAUUCGCCGAGUGCAUCUGGGGUGGACAAGUCCAGCCGCUCCAAGGGCGCACCUCCGCGCAGUACUAGUGUGUCCAGCACCCAGGCACGUGAGGGCCGUAAUGAUGGAGUUGCAGUCAAGAUUGAGGAAGGAUCUGAGGGCACUAAAGGGACCGUCGCAGAACGCAGCGGUCACCUUGUUGUGGGAGCUCAGGUGGUCUUUAAGCAUAACAAAAAUAAACAGGGAGUUGAAGGAGAGGGAAUACAAUGCAUCAUCAAGAAUAUCUCUGGUGAUGGACACAAGAAACGUUGGUACGAUGUUCAGGACCCAGAACCAAAUGAAAAUGGCGAGCAAGGUGCAGUUUACAAGACCACCGCUUCGUCACUCAUCCCAAUCCCGCAAGUGAGUGGCACCUUGCCCUCAUUCGCGGUUGGCAAACAGGUUCUCGCGAGAUAUCCCGAUACAACGACUUUCUAUCGGGCCGAAGUAAUGGGCUCGAAGAAGGACGUGUACCGUCUGAAGUUUGAAGGUGAAGAAGAUGAUAAGGAGAUGGAAGUUGAUCGGCGCUAUGUAUUGGAUAUUCCGAACAAGUAG